AUGUUUGAACAAGAACUAGAGGACAGAUCAUCUUUAACAACCAAGAGCCAGGUACCCUUAUUAACAUCAUCAAUGAGCAGAGGUAAAAUGUCAUCACUAUCAACAACAACAACAUUAGAUGAACAGCAGCACCAGCAAAUCAAUGGAAUUCCUACUCCAUUAUCUAAUAGAAAAUAUUUUGGAGAUUCCGAACUAGUAGAUGGUGCAUCAACACCAAAACAACACCACCAUCAUCAUCACCACCACCAUCCAACAAAACCUCCACUCACCACAAAAGCAAAAAAGAUUGAAUUGGCUAAAAAGAUUGGACGUGUUGUUUAUUCAUUGUUUUUAUUAAUUGUGAUGGGAGGACUAAUUACAUUGGAUGUUAUAACACAACCAAAGAAUUCAUGGAUUUCUAGAGGUUCUAUUGUGAUUGCUGUUACAUUGUUUGGUAGAACUAUUUAUGAAUUUCUGUUUGAAAUUUUGUAUGAAUGGAUUUUGGACUAUUUCAUUACUGAGGAAAUAAAGAAACCUAACGAAAAUGUGUAA